AUGCCCGAAGCCUUUCGGGAACACCGCGGCGGAGAGCAUGAAAACCCACGUGCGAAUAGCUUUGCAUUGAACUCACGCCAUUCGUUUGCAUCUGCCUUUCGGCCAGGCAGCCUCCGUUCCUUCCAAUCCGCUGCACUCCUCAACGUGCCAGCUUCGCGACCAAUUGAGAUUCUACCGCCUCAGGAGAAUCGCUUUCCCUCUCAAACAUCAAAUGGACCUACAGCUGUGGACCAUCAUGCAUCCGCAUCUCCAGUCGCGAAGGCGGACUUCGGAAACAAGAAAACAAAGCUCGUGUCUGCUAGUGCGAAGAUCGAAGUCAAGCCGAGAAAAAUCAAGCCGAAACCCGCUGAAUACCUUUCCAAAGCCCUACGAAACGGAGGGCACAGCCUUGGGCAUGGCGAUCAAUUGACCAGCAUUAAUUGCGUUCCUCAUAAAUUCGCCCCUGGCAAUCGCAACGAGCAAAAGACAGCCGGUCGCCCCAAAAAGCCAUCCUUGCCGGUUAUACUCGGAGAGUAUAUUCGCGAAGUCGAUCCCUUACUCUCGCUGGCUCCGUCAGCGCGUGUAGAGAAAGAUCUGGAUGAUGCUCUCCAACUUGUCUUUAGGGACACGAAUAACGAAUACCUGGCCUCACGGGGCUAUACCUGCACCGAUGUCACUUCCUGGGCGUGGGUCCUGACAAGCCGCAGCCCCCAUGAAGCCGCAGUGCGCUUGUUCUCGUUGGAAACCGACAAGGCGCGAUCCGACUCGACGGGUCCGGCUACUCCACCCUUUAUAACACUCCAUCUUCUCCGACAACAAGACAUUGAUGCACACACCUUCCGCUUGCUUUUGAUACACUCUUUACACUUGAUGAGCGGUCAACCGCUGCCUCCCAGCGACAGUCCCACUCAGCCGGUUGAGAUGGAUCCCGAACCACUUCCCAACAACUGCUAUAUCAGCCUUGACUUGGGAACUUGCAUGAUUUUAGUGGCUCGUUUGAUACGUCAUGCUCGACGGGUGUGGCCACCCGCCCUCCUUGCAGUUGCUCGUGCAUUCGCUCAAUUUAUUACCUCGCCAAGAAGAAAUGCAGCUCGAGGUUCGGCAGAGGAAGGGAGCCAUGAUGACCGUGUGAAGACCGAAAAACUCAACGAGUGCCUUUGGCUACUUUCUCUCCCGACCAAUAUAUCACCAUAUCGUUCUACUCCAAUUCAACAGCAAGCUCAGUUCGAGCUACUGAGGUCUAUGGCUGCCCAUAAACCCGUUCUCCCCGUCACAAGACAAGGAUACCGAGCAGUCGUUGCCAUUCAACUAGCUCACAAGAAGACAUUUGAAGAGCGACAGUCUGCCGAAUUAAAAGCUCCGUCAUGGCCACCCUGGAAAGAAGAAAAGCUUGGAAUCGACUCUUUACGUGGUAAUGAUGGGAUGUUCAGCCGUGCCAUGCAGGUUCUUUCGCAAAUGGCGGAUGCUGGCUACUCUCGUCGUCUUUGGGAAGAUAUAUCCUCGAUUUUGGCAGGCUGGGACACGGACCACAGCCCGACAGUACAGACGAGGGCUGUAGUGCGUCGCCCGCACAGUCUUCCUGAUACCCAAGCCUUCAAGCCGAAUCACCACGAGAUAUGGGUUGCGCGAAUACGCGCUACGAGGACUAUCCGUGAAGCCUGGGCUUGUUUCCUCGCCUACGAGAACCAAAAUCUUCCCCCGAAGGGAGCGAUCUUCGCUGCGAUGGGGGAAAAAUUAGUCUACCAGAAAAAUGCAGUUGAGCACAGAUUCGACUACGCAGGCUCUGCUCUCCCAGGUGAUGGUCGUGAGGUCCAUCCUGAACCGGCUUCCGCCCGUGAUAUCAUAUAUGUGCCUACGGAGCCUCCUACAUUGGAUGAAUUUUUGGAGCAAAUGCUCGCACACGGCUUCCGGCCUUCGGGUCGUUUCCUGAGCUUACUUCUUCAGUCAGCGUCUUCGAUGCACUCGGGGCUUCGAUACCUCACAUACAGUGACCUGACCGACUCUCAAGUCGCAACCUUGACAAUGGUGCAAGCUGAUACACGGAAAUACCUCACAAUUGACCUAGAGUCUUUCCACGCUGUGCCUGAUUCAAUAUUUGCUUCAUUUGUGAAGCUCAUGUGUGCUCAUUCAACCAUUGCCACCUCGGUGGUCCACAGCCACAACAUACUGACAGCUGAUCGAUUCCCCGCCCUCGUGGCUCACGGGCACCCAGACGGGCGAAAUAUUGAUUUGCUGGCUCAUGCUCGGGAGCAUCCAGAGGACAAUCGAUACCCGCUAGCAUUGUGGCAUGCUAUUCAGUUGACAAAUUUGAGACGCAGUCCCUAUCCGCCAGCGUGGAAGCAUAUUCUGUCCACCUUAGCCCGGGGAAAUUUUGGGGGAAUUCAUGGAUCCAGAACUCAAAGUCUGCAGCGCAUUCUAGCUUGGCAUCAGAUUCUUAAGAUCCUGGGGUGGAUGCGCCAGCGUGAUGUCGAACUUGGUGAUCAUGGCUUUCAAACACUCUGUGUAGCGUUCACCAAAGCUAUUGAUGCAGCCUACAGAUAUCCGGGCACUGCAGAACAAAGUUUCCUGUUGAUCCACAAGGCUCGCAUUCGCCGCCUCAAGGACACAGAUGAAGGUGACAAUGAUUUUGAAGCCUUCCUACAGCAUGCGCUACAAGUCUUGAAACACCAGUUUGAUUAUCUUGUUCUCCCUGCCUCCAAGACAUCGGUGCAUGCGGAGCGGAGUGUGUUUGCCGCAUCUGGUGCAUCUGAUGUUCAUCCCUCUGUGCCCUCAAUCCUUCAUACACCGUCGCCUGCUACUCUUCAUGCAUUUGUCCGGGCCAUGGGCUUGAUUGGAGAUGACGAAGGGUUGUUGCAUCUGUUGCAGUGGAUGAGCCAGUCAGCUGAUGUACUUCGCGACGCUGCGGAUGAACACUCGAAUGGAGACAGGAUGAUGCACCGGACCCUUGUGGCGAUCAGGGUGUUCUUGGAACGACGACAUGAACGAACGGUUGACCAUCGGGUACCGUCGGACGUGGUGCAGGAGGCAUACGACCUUGUCAGGCGGACAGGCUGGGACUGGCCAAGUGAUGCGGAAGUGGAGGAUUAUUGCCUCUGA